UGCCUUUAUUCUUUUUAGUGCAGAUGUGUAAAUGACAUUUUGUUUCUAGCACAAAGCGUGAUUAUGGCUCACAUCAAUGAUGGAGAGUAUACUAAAGUUAUUUAUACAAUGAUAAAGGAGGGCCUCUUCAAAGAAGCUAUUGCUGUGCUUAACCAACAAUUUCAAACUAACACUACUUCUAGAGCAGCUCUGUCUCUUCUUGGUUAUUGUUAUUAUUUUACACAAGACUUUGUCAAUGCAGCAAAUUGCUACGAGCAUUUAACUGUUGUUUGCCCUGAAGUUGAUGACUAUAAGCUAUACUAUGCUCAGUCAUUGUACCAAGCUUGUUUCUACCAGGAAGCCAUGAAAGUUACAUGCCAAAUUGAGAAUCAGGACUAUCAGACAAAGAUUGUGAAAUUACAAGCAGCAAUCAAGUAUGGGGAAGAAGACUUAGCAGCCGCCAAAAGCUUAGUUGAUCAGAGUCCUCCUGGUGAUCCUGACACAGAAGUCAAUUUAGGCUGCUUGUUAUUUAAGGAAGGAAGAUAUGAAGAAGCAUGCAAAAAAUUUAUGACUGCAAUGCAAGUUGAAGGCUAUGUUCCAGAUCUGUCCUAUAAUAUAGCAUUGUGUUAUUAUCGUUUGAAACAAUAUGCUUUGGCCUUGAAACACAUUGCGGAAAUAAUUGAGAGAGGAAUUCGGGAGCAUCCAGAACUGAGCGUUGGAAUGAACACAGAAGGCAUUGAAGUGAGAAGUGUGGGAAAUACAAUAACUCUUCACGAAACUGCCCUUAUUGAAGCAUUCAAUCUCAAAGCUGCUAUUGAAUAUCAACUUAAAAACUUUGAUGCAGCUAAAGAAGCUCUAACAGACAUGCCACCUAGAGGGGAGGAAGAAUUGGAUCCUGUAACCCUCCAUAACCAGGCACUAAUGAAUAUGGAGACUCACCCAACUCAAGGCUUUGAGAAACUGCAAUUUCUAAUUCAGCAAAAUCCUUUCCCGCCUGAGACUUUUGGAAAUUUAUUGCUUUUAUAUUGCAAACAUGAGUAUUAUGAUUUAGCUGCUGAUGUUUUGGCAGAAAAUGCUCAUUUAACAUACAAAUAUUUGACUCCAUAUUUGUUUGACUUCUUGGAUGCUUUGAUCACUCAACAAACAUCUCCUGAAGAAGCAUAUAAAAAAUUUGACGAAAUGGCUGCUCGGCACAUAGAAACUUUGAGAAAACUGACUAAGCAGGUUCAGGAAGCCCGCCAAAAUCAUGAUGAAGAAGGAGUAAAAAAGGCUGUUAAUGACUGUGAAGAAGCUUUAGAACGCUAUAUUCCUGUUCUAAUGGCUCAAGCAAAAAUAUAUUGGGAUAUGGAAAACUACCAACAAGUGGAAAAAGUGUUUCGAAAAUCAGUUGAAUUCUGUAAUGACCAUGACAUAUGGAAAUUGAAUGUAGCACAUGUGCUGUUCAUGCAAGAGAAUAAAUUUAAAGAAGCAACUGGGUUUUAUGAACCUAUUGUGAAGAAGAAUUACGAUAAGAUCCUAAAUGUAAGUGCAAUUGUUCUGGCCAAUCUUUGUGUCUCAUACAUUAUGACAUCUCAAAAUGAAGAGGCGGAAGAGUUGAUGCGAAAAAUAGAAAAGGAAGAAGAGCAGCUGGCAUAUGAAGAACCUGAUCGAAAAAUAUUUCAUCUCAGCAUUGUUAACUUAGUUAUAGGAACUUUAUACUGUGCAAAAGGCAACUAUGACUUUGGAAUUUCUCGAGUCAUAAAAAGUUUAGAGCCAUAUUCAAAAAAAUUGGGAACUGACACUUGGUUUUAUGCUAAGAGAUGUUUCCUGUCACUGCUAGAGAAUUUAGCUAAGCAAGUCUUUGUGAUUAGAGAUGCUGUGUUAUACGAUUGCCUUCAAUUCUUUUCACAGUGUGAAGCCUAUGGACGUAAUGUGAAAGUAACUAUGGAGCAACCUCUUGACAAUUUACCCAUUCAUGCAGGUAAAAACACUGUCACAUACGAAGCUCGUCUUCUCAAAGCCAUAUUGUUGGAUAUUAUGGAAUGACAGUAAAGACGUUUGCUUUCAAAGUUCAUCUAGUCAUAUUAUAAUAAUUAAGUUUCAGUACAUUAAUACACUUACAGUCUGACCACCAAUAAUAUGAAAAGGCAAACAUCCGAUUUAUUGGAGGAAAUGGUCGCAAGUAUUAAUUUACAGGGAUGGUAGUUUGUUUGUUACAGAUGUGCGCUUUUGCCUCUAAUUAUUUAGAUGCUGUUUUUCAAAAAUGACAGUCUGUUCAAGAAAGUAUUUUUUUUUUAAUCUAAACUAUAUUAGAUCCAUAUUCUCACUGCAAAAAUUAAUUUAUAAUUUUACAACAUAAUUUUGAUCUUACCUUUGCUUUUACAUUUCUGGACAAAAUGAAAGCACUUCAUUUUCUUUUUGUUGUUUCUAUGGAAACUCUUUUUGUUUCCCCUCAUUUUAUUUUAGAGAAUGCAAUAAAGGCACUAGUGACAUUACAAAAUGCAUGCAUCAAAAUCCCAUUGCUAUUUUGCUUUCUAACCUGCGGAUACAUUCUGAUGAAAUCAUCUGAAAGCUGAUUGCCAAAUUAUGUAUAAUUUGUGGUCAAACUGUAAUUUUAUUAUAAUAAAUAAUUAAUUCUCAACACACUAAUGCACUCAGGUUGUUUUUGAUUAAAAAAAAAUAGUAAAACGAUGGGCUCUCAACCUACUAGUUGCUGAAUAUAGCCCCUUGCCACUUCCCCCCCCCUCCCCCACCCAGAAUGAAGAAUCUUCAAGUCUAAGCAUUUAAUGUGGCAGAAGCAGCUAAAAAAGACUUGAUAGUGAAAGCAAACAUUUUAUUUUUAUUUCAUUCAAGACUUUUGUUUUAAAACAAAAAUUGCCAUUUAUUUUCAACAAUGUAUUUUACUUUCAAAGAACUUAAUAUUUUUUUACAUUCUGUCAAUGUAUCAUGUUAUUUGUUUAUAAUAAAUAAAAGAAAUAUAGACUUUAAAUAUAGGUUGAAUAAAAUACUAGAUCUAUCUUAUGACAUCAAUCUUAGAGAAUUUUUUUGCUGCAAAAAAAGGAAUUUCACAUAAGUUGUUUAAAACCCUAAAAUUUAGUUGUUACUUUUUGUAGCCUAGAACAUUUAGAAUAUAUCUAUCCUUUUAUUUGUGUUUUAUAUUCAAAGUGAUUUGAACAUUUUUUAUCAUUAUGUACUUCAAAAUAAAGUGUUUUAUGAUUUUUAUUUUCUUUUAAAACAUGUUGAGAAAAUAAAUUUUAGAUUUAAUUUAGAAUAUAAUGUACAUCUACAUUUGUAACGAGUGCAAUAUUUCAUAACAUGAAACCGUCCAAAAUUUUAACUGUGGUAUGCAACUACUUUAUAUAAACAUGAGAAUCUAUUGCAAUAUAAAAUUUCUUUACUAUGAAACCGUCCAAUAUUUCAACUGAUGUAAUAUUUUGAAUA